UCGAUUAUGCUGAUACAUUGGUGUAUUUUCUAGUUGAAUUUUUUUCGCGGACGGCAUAAGAAUAAAAUAAGAAAUAAUUAAACGACAGCCAGGCAUAAAAUGCAGAUGCAAACGUACAAAUUGGUGGUCGUCGGUGGCGGCGGCGUUGGAAAGUCCGCAAUAACGAUACAAUUCAUACAGAGCUAUUUCGUGACGGAUUAUGAUCCAACCAUCGAGGACUCCUAUACAAAACAAUGUGUCAUAGAUGAUGUGCCAGCCAAACUGGACAUACUGGAUACGGCCGGACAGGAGGAGUUCAGUGCAAUGCGGGAGCAGUAUAUGCGUUCGGGCGAGGGAUUUCUGUUAGUGUUCUCCCUGAAUGAUCAUUCCAGCUUCGAUGAGAUACCAAAGUUUCAGCGACAAAUCUUGCGUGUCAAGGAUCGCGAUGAGUUCCCCAUGCUGAUGGUGGGCAACAAAUGCGAUUUGGAGCAUCAGCGUCAGGUGUCGCUGGAGGAGGCGCAAAAUACCAGCAGAAAUCUAAUGAUACCCUAUAUCGAAUGCAGUGCCAAGUUGCGUGUCAAUGUCGAUCAGGCGUUCCAUGAAUUGGUACGCAUUGUGCGUAAAUUUCAAAUAGCCGAGAGACCCUACAUCGAGGAGGGUUACAAGAAGAAGGGCAAGAAGAAGUGCUGUCUGAUGUAAGCAGCAGCAGCUUGUUGAAUCUCCUGGCGAUCAACAACAACAACACCAAUAAUAAUUGGAGAAUAUGAAUGUAACGAGUAUAACACCAAAUUUUAAUUAAUAUGUAAUACUGCGCCACGACUGAGAUAUAGAUAUUCGAUCAAGAUCAAUCCAUAAUCCCAGAAACAUAAUGCAUUUUAUACCUGCCCGCCCAGUAGUAGCAUCAACGAAUCGAAUCGAAUCUAAUCAGUUGCAGUGCCACGCCCAGCUCGCCAGUUAACUAACUAACAAAUUAAGCAAAAUGAAACUCAAGUAAACAAUGUCCUUGCGUUCCCAGAGAGCACAUAUAAAAACAUACAUACAUACAUAAACAUUUAUAAAUACAUGCAUACAUACAUACAUAGGAACAAACAAACAUAUAUAUAUUUUUGUAAUAUUAUUUGUUGAUCAAACGGCAACAAUUAAGGACAAAAUGUUUUAUUAUUAUGUGUAUUAUGGUUAAAAGUUGUGAAAUUUAAUAGAAAUUGUGUGCGAAAAGCGAUUUGUUUAAUGCGAUUAAAUCAAAUGAAAUGAAAUGUAAUGAAAUUA